CUGUCUUGCUGACCUUUUCCUUUUUGCCUUUCUCACAGCUGACGAGGUAACAAAAACCUCUGAGGUCAAAUAAAACGGUCGAAAAGAAGAAUUUCUGAUUUGUCUUUUAUUUAAAAGCAAGAACUAGUACAGCAUAUUUAUACCAAAAUGCUGUACAAGUUCAGUCUCUUACUCUCUUUUUAUUGACUUUAACAAAGGUCAAUUUAAACAGGUUGCACUUGUGGGUUUAAAGUGUAGGCUUAGUGAAAACACCAUGUGUGUCCGCUUUGAGCACUUAUUAUACAUGGCUUUAUGGCUUUAGGUGUGAAUGUUUAACUGCAGGAAAAUGAGGCAAGCUGACGAAGCGAGGGUUGGGCAGAUCUGUGUGAGUGUACCCGUGUGCCUCACUGGUUGGGGUGCUGGUUGAAGAUAAGGCUGUCCCUAUGCCUGAGAGCAAAGGAGAUGGUGUGUGUAAGCCCUUCAAGCCUUAUCCUGACACACCUCCCACCCCCACCUCCUCUCCAACACCCCACCACACACACAUGCACUGGGGAUUAACCCCGUCAUGUACCAUUUCAAUGGGUGAGCUUGGGGAGACACACACACACACACACACACACACACACACACACAGGAUUAACCCUUGUGUGUCCAUUUCCAUGGAUGUUUCUUAGCCUCUCUCUCUGGUUGUGUCAGCAAUGAUUGCUCAUGUUGCCAUAGUGACAGGGGCCAGCCAAUGUAAGAUAGGCAAAUCCACAUAAGUCACCCACAACAGACACUCUUAGCUACAACAGACUACACCUCCCCCUGGUACUAGACACACAAAGAUGCUGCCAAAGGACUGACAGCAGCCUCGUGAGCUGUGAAGAGCUCAUGUCACAGGCUUACCAUGGUCAAACCAAUAUACAUAAAGUCAGCCCGGGCAUCUUUGUUGCUGGUCGGGUGAGAGACAGGCCUUAUAGAGGCUUAUCCUCUCUACAUGCCUGGCUCUGGGAGACAGUGCACUUCACCAUACUCUGGAUUUCAUACAUCAGAGUCUACAAAGAGGUUCAUAUUUGAGUUGCUGUCUUCAUUUUGGGCAUAUAAGAGCAGCAGAUCCCGGUGGGAUAGAUGUCCAACAAACAGAUCCAUCACUUGAAAAACAUAUACAAGUAUUUUAAAUGUAUAAAUGGAAAAAAGCAUAAAAAUAAAAAUACAAUAAAAUGUAUUACACCUAGAUUCAGUGUAUCAAAAUGCCUGCAUGAAUUAAAAAAAUAUAACAUAGUAAUAAUAGUAAAAAAAAAUCUGGAUGAAAAUGUGAGAAUAAUGUUUUAAAAAAUGUGCAAAAAUUGCAUCUUUACUUAUAUCUACUGCACACAUUUAAAUGACUUAUAAGUAACUGAGAAUUAGAUUAUUGCAUUAAAACUAUCAUGUAUUUAUAUCAUGUGUACAAUGUAAUAAAGAAUCAUGGAGCAACAUGUAUACGGGCACACAAACUGCAUACCACUGCAAAUACACCCCAGUGCAAGUCUGGUUCAGGAUAAAAUAUUACACCAUCAGAACAACAAAUGGGAUUUUAAAUAUCAGACAAAGGCAGCAAGUCAUAACCCACUGAAAUAACUUGUUUAACUGAUGCUUGAAGUUUAAAUUGUUCUGCAUACCAAAAUGUGUAAAAAUAAACUUUAAAAAAAAAUCACAUUUCUACUCAUGUCCGCUUUGGUGUAUAUAUUUCCAGUCAUUUAUAUGUGUUAUCUAUAGUGCAGUUAAAAGGUGAAGAUGAAUGUAAUAUUAAUAAUGAUGAUGAUAAUAAUAAUAAUAACGACGCUGAUGAUAAAUGUUAUUAUAAUGUUGCAAUAAUGUCAUAUUACUGAUCAGCACCAGUGUUUAGUCUCACUCCCUCUGUGAAGACCUGUUUACUGAGCAGCUCGCAACAGCGGCUUAAUUUAUGAAUAAAUCAUUUAUGAAACAUUGUUUUCACUCCCAGUGUGCAUGGGUGGUGUAUUAAUGAGAACCGUGUUCGUGCUGGUGGCUGUAACAACCUAAAGAGUGCAGCAGGAAGGGAAAGUUCUUUAGUGGGUGAAAGGAAACUACUUUACAUCCUCGAUAUGGGAUAAUCUGUCUUUUCUGUCCUUUGGGGUUAGAUGCUGUAGAUCAAAUAGUUUGCGUGUUAGAUAUGACGCUUGCAUAAAUAUGGAAAAAUUGCUGUCCUAAUACUGCUUGUUCUUUUUAUAUCACAACUUUGGACAUAUGGGUGAGAUCUCUGCUGGCUGUGAUCUGAAUAUCUGAUUAUUAUUUGAGGCGAUUUAAGCAGAUUUAGAAGCCUGUGGGAUUCUCCUUUUGGCUUAGUGCUUUGUGUGUGUGCGUGGAUCUGUGUGUGUGUGCGCGCAGACUCAGAGAGGAAAAGAGGGUAUAGAGAUUCCUGAUGUUAGGGGAUUUACUCGUCCACCUUGGGCAGUUAAGCAUACAAACUGAAAGGCAGAAUUAACUGACAAACUUAUUCUGCUGUCUUUAAGUGUAAAUUUAUAAGAUCUUGGUGUACUUUUGACCAAUGGGACUGCUCCACUGCAAAUGUAUGUGCAUCACGUUUGCAUCCUGCUUGGGCCCAGGGACUUGGUUGUCACUGCCUCAGCUCAAGCUGAUUGCAGCAAGCCUAUGUUCACUAAUUAGGUAAACAUGACAGCCACUUUGCAGUCAGCAUGAUCUUUGUCUCCACGCUCAUCUCCACUGAGUUGCAUUAGGACAAUUCUCAUCUGUGUCAGUUACAAGGAAGGGAUAUGGGAUGCAGGGAGGAGGAAGGGAAAAAUGCUUACCAGACAACCUUUAUGUGCAGUUGUGCAUUAGUGGGGGAGGAGGAGCAGAAGUGGGAGAGGGCGGCUGGCGGUGCUGGGCAGAGGAGAGAGGAGCAAAUGCAUUGCAGAGGGAGAGGAGGAGGAGGGCCUACAGCUAUUGUUCAUGUCCUCCCGUGAACAAAGGGCUCAUCGGGGUCCAUAUGUAAACCCACAGCAGGCUUCAGCCCACUGACAAGGCCUCAUGCGGGACAAAACAUAACCGACCGACUCCCGCAAUUUAGGCCUUAUUCCGUUUGGAGGAGAUUUUUUUAUUGAUCCAAUUCAAAGGGACGUAUUGUGUGGGUACGUUGCGUCCAGCCAACCGCCGUCCAGCGGGCCUAUCCGUUUUUACGCACGGAGCGUACACACGGUCUAUCAGCACGGAUCUGUAAACAUCAAUUUUCUGAUUGGACUUCUUUGCAGGCUGUUCCUCCAAGUCGUUCAAGCUGUACUCCCCCAAGGAGCCCCCCAACGGUAGCACUUUCCCCCCUUUCCACCCCGGCACCAUGCUGGACAGAGACGUGGGCCCCACUCCAAUGUACCCUCCCACAUACCUGGAGCCAGGAAUAGGGAGGCACACACCAUAUGGCAACCAGACAGACUACAGAAUAUAUGAGCUCAACAAACGACUACAGAACUGGACAGAGGAGUGUGACAACCUGUGGUGGGAUGCAUUUACUACAGAGUUCUUUGAGGACGAUGCCAUGCUGACCAUUACUUUCUGUCUGGAAGAUGGACCCAAACGUUACACAAUUGGCCGGACGUUAAUCCCGAGGUACUUCCGGAGUAUAUUUGAGGGCGGUGCCACUGAGCUCUACUAUGUACUGAAACAUCCCAAGGAGUCCUUCCACAAUAACUUUGUCUCCCUCGACUGUGAUCAGUGCACUAUGGUCACACAGAAUGGAAAACCCAUGUUCACACAGGUGUGUGUAGAAGGCCGCUUGUACCUGGAGUUCAUGUUUGACGACAUGAUGAGGAUAAAGACGUGGCACUUCAGUAUCCGACAACACCGUGAACUCAUUCCUCGUAGUAUACUGGCCAUGCAUGCCCAAGACUCUCAGAUGCUGGACCAGCUGUCCAAAAACAUAACAAGAUGUGGCCUGUCGAACUCCACCCUCAACUACCUCCGACUGUGUGUGAUUUUGGAGCCCAUGCAGGAGCUGAUGUCCAGACACAAGACCUACAGCCUCAGCCCCAGAGACUGCCUCAAGACCUGUCUGUUCCAGAAAUGGCAGAGGAUGGUGGCACCACCUGCUGAGCCAUCAAGACAAGCCCCUAACAAACGGCGGAAGCGUAGGAUGUCAGGCGGCAGCACCAUCAGUGGAGGAGGAGGAACUAACAAUAACAACAACAACAAAAAGAAGAGCCCUGGUAGUGGCUUCCCACUGUCCAGCCAAGUUCCGGAUGUGAUGGUGGUGGGAGAGCCCACUCUGAUGGGAGGGGAGUUCGGCGACGAGGAUGAGCGUCUGAUAACACGGCUGGAGAACACACAGUUCGACGCUGCCAAUGGCAUAGAUGACGAGGACAGCUUCAACAACUCUCCGGCGCUGGGCUCCAACUCGCCUUGGAACAACAAGGCUCCUUCCAGCCAGGAGAGCAAGAGCGACAACCCCACCUCACAGGCAUCACAGUAGAGCCCAGAGCCCCGCAUCCUCAACCUAACCCCUCCCUGUCACUCCUAGGCCCCCACCCCACCUCAAUAGCCAUGACUGCAACAGUAACAGUCCAUCAUCUGCUCUCCAAUCCAAACACCACUGUAGCGCUCAGAUUCAAGCACAGGUAGCCUGAGGGGGCUCGGACUGUUUUGCCGAGCUGGAGGAAGUUUCACAACUUCGAUUAUUGCGGUGACUUCCUGAUAAUUAGGCACUGUGUCCCACCUCUCGCUCCCUUUUCGUCAUUUCAUAGACAAAAAGUCCCAUCUGCUCUUGCCAAUUUUCAGUUUUGGAUGGCAACCGGGUAGCACGAGUGAUGAUUUAGUCCAGGGGAGAACUGUGCACGCUAAAGUAUCCAUACUGAAGUUCACAUGUAGGAACAGGUGGGGUGGAGGGGAAGGUGGCAGUUGGGCUUCAAGAUGGUGGCGAGUCGCUUAGGGACGACUCGUCCACUCCUACGCUAAACAUGCCUCUGGAUUCUGGUCUGCUCUGCUGAUGUGCGGGUCGCCCAUAACGUUUGUUAAUAGAGUGUGUGUGUGUGUGUGGAUGUGCGCUUGCAUGCGUGCGAGUGUGUGUUUGUGAAAGUUUUGAGAAGAGAAAAGCAGCAGCGUGAGUUUAAUGGUGGCUUUGCUGAAGCAGAUGGACCAGGAUUUAGAAUCGAUAUGUAAAACCAUUUGAAAUGAACACACUAAUAAGAGAGGUGAAAUGUGGCACUAGGGAAACAUCAAACACACAGACGCGUGCGCGCACACACACAACCACACAUAAUGAUCGAAGGAUUUUGAGUCCCCCUAGUGCCCAAAUAUCUCUGAUUAGACUACAGUGAAUGCAGUCUUUCAAACAGAACAUUGACAACACACACACAUGCACAGUCUUACACACACACACACACACACAGUUACACAUUUUAAGAGUUUUUAUACAGUAUAUAUUUCCCUAGAAUGUUUUUUAAUUUGUAUUAAACGCCUUCAUUUCAAUUGUUACUUUUUUAUUUUCUACCAAUACUGAAAAAGCUACAGACCAAGGAGCAACACAGGACUUUUAUCCCUUCCCCCUCUAAAAUAUAUUGUUUUUAUCUUUUAUGUUUAUAAAAGAGAAAUACUUUAGUGUGGAUGUUUUUAUUUUGUCUUUUUGUUCCUUUUUUUUUUUUUUUCCUUUUGAGAUUUGAAUUUUUGUGUAUUUGUGCUUGUAUAUUUAAGGUAGUAGCAAAGUUCUGUCUGACUGUAAUAAAAUGUAUUCUUACUUAGAUUUACCUAAAGCCAUCCCAAUCUAAUGUAAAGAAACAAAAAUAGGAAAAAGGAGAAAAUUCAUGAACCCGUCCCCUCUACCUUCCCACCUGCUCUCUUUCCUCCUCCCUCUUUUUUAAAAAUGUAAAUUACAACUCCCCCUGGGGGUACAAUGCCACCAUAGAGAGAUGGUUUUACUGUUUAUUUUCUUUAAUUUAUUCAGAAAUUCAGUCAUGUAUUCAUCUAUACAGAAAGUGAUUUUUUUUUUUCACUUAACAUUCACAAUUUUGUGUAUUACAACUUGAUGUCAAGUGAAUGUGCUCGCUGAACUUUAGUUAUCCGGUGACUUUCAUGUUUCGUCACUGGCUAAACAGAUUUUUUGUUUUAAGAAGUUUUCUGUCUAAAUUGUCUUUAUUUGUAUUCAUAACCAGAAUCAUACACAUCUUCUUAAACCAGCCUCACAUUGAGUUCAGUCUGCAUAUUUGGUAGCAAUGCUGAGUCUGUAAAGUCUAAUAAAUGAACAGCUGAAGCUCUGUCAUUGUUUUGUACAUUUCCAUUUUGUUACUGUUGAAUCCAGCAGCAGUUAUGACUGAGUUUGAAUGGUGACUUGUACCUUCUCCAGACCCUGUAGGAAAAUCAUUGUUUGAUAUAUAUUUUUUUGAUUUGGUUAGUUUCUGCCCUUGAUAAUUAAUGUAUGGUACCAAUAAAAAGAUACAUUUUCACUUUAAAAA